AUGCUAGGGCGCCUGGAAAUGGAUGUUGACGAAUGUAUUGAAGCUUAUCGUGAACUCAUGGAGUCUGUUUUCAGUGAAAAAUCUCGAAGAAUAGCUCUUGAUUGGUCGGGUAAUAUUAAAGCGCAGUAUGACUCGCAAAAGCUUCGAGCUGCUAUCGAAAAUGUCAUAGUUCGUGCAGGGGUAUCUCCCGAUGCCUUGAUGAAUGAUGGAAAUUCUCGACGCUGCAGGGUCUUUGUUUGCACCACAUCGAAAGAGACACUCGAAGUCACUCGCUUACGAAGUUAUGAUUCCCUCGACAAAAAUGCACCAUCACCUACCAUUUGCGAGGCCGCUUUGGCAACAUCAGCCGCCACACGGUUCUUCGAUCCAGUGUCAAUAGGUGACCGGCAAUUCGUCGAUGGAGCCUUCGGGGCAAACAAUCCGAUAGAAGAGGUGGAAGAGGAGGCUUGUGAUAUCUGGUGUUCAUCAAAGAGAAAUUUGCAAGACCUUGUGAAGUGUUUGAUCUCUGUGGGCACAGGUGUUGCUGGGAACCAAGCCUUGGACGAUAAUAUUGUGAAAUUUCUGUCAAAAACACUGGUCAGGAUGGCUACAAAGCCGGCAGGUGUGGAACGGAGGUUUAUGGCUCGGUGGAGACGCGAAUGCGAGGAGAAUCGUUGCUUUCGGUUCAACGUGGUACGAGCAAUGGAAGAUGUGCUCAUGACUGAUUACCAGAAGCGAAGUUUGAUUGAGACUGCUACGCAUGAUUAUCUCCAUCUUCCUCGUCAGAAGUCCGCUGUGGAUCAGUGUACACUUAACCUCGCUGGGAAGCGAGGUAAAACCGACUUUGAGUUUAAAACUUUAGUGGAAACGUAUAAACUUAGAGCGAUGCAGAUGCGGAUUGAGACUGAAGUAAAUGAAUCUAAUCACCAAGGAUCAGCACCCAAGCCUGCAAGCUGGGUUGUUCCAUUUGAUCGAAAUGACCACUAUGUGGAUGGUGACAUAAUGAGUCAUGUUUCAGAACGACUUUUGCACCAGUCGUCUGCGUCGAAGCUUGCUAUAUAUGGUCUUGGAGGUGUCGGGAAAACACAGAUUGCCCUUGAACUGGCAUACCGGGCCCAAGAGAGCGAUACCGACUGCUCCGUGUUUUGGGUUCCUGCCAUGAGCCCCGAAAGUAUUCACCAAGCUUACCUGGGUAUAUGUGAUAACUUAGGUCUCGGGGUGGCUUGCAAAGAGAAAAAUGAAGUUCUUCAAACCGUCCAAGAAUACUUCAGUCAUCAAAAAUCCGGUCGUUGGCUUCUUAUUUUUGAUAACGCGGACGACAUCGAAAUGUGGGGGAAAUCCUCUGAACCAGGCGUCAGGACCAACUUCCAACAAUUUCUGCCAGCGAAUUCUCUGGGACGUAUUCUUUUCACUACUCGCAGCACGAAAGUUGCGCUGGCGCUCGCACCCAACAAGAUGAUUCACAUCCCGGAAAUGGAUUUCAGCCGAGCCCAUCGCAUGAUGAAAAACCUGCUUGUUCGUCAAGAGCACUUGAAUGACGAGGAAAAAACACGCGAAAUGCUGGAAAAAUUAACCUAUCUCCCACUUGCGAUUGUGCAAGCUGCUGCUUUUAUCAAUCAGAAUGGAACAAGUAUCACCGAAUACAUUGCUCUCAUGGAUGGACAGGAGCAAGAUGCCAUCCUUCUGCUGAGUGAAGAUUUCGAAGAUAAAGGGAGAUAUAAGAGCAUAAGAAACCCGGUCGCUACAACAUGGCUCACAUCCUUCGAUCAAAUACUGAAAGAGAGCCCGUCUUCAUUCAAUGUUAUGGCUAUCAUGGCAUGUUUAAAUUCGCGCGGCAUUCCAAUAUCCUUAUUGCCAGACUUGAACAAGCUUGAACAACAGAAAACACUUGGGCUACUUGAGGCCUAUAGUUUGAUACGGUAUCAGCCUAAUCGACAACGAUUAGAUCUUCAUCGAUUGGUUCAUUUGGCUAUGCGUAACAACUUGAGGGUACAUGGAACUCUACAGCAGUGGGAGCAGUGGGUCAUGGGUAUUCUCGCCAAUAGAUUUCCACCAGCAGCUACCGUCCAUCAAAAUCUGUGGAGAGAAUACUGUCCUCAUGCCUUUCAUAUCUUGGAUCUUACCUCAUCCUACGGACCUUCAGAGGAUAGAGCAAGUUUGCAGUGGAAAAUCAUGACCUGUUUCAUACUGGACGGAAGGUUUACGGAUGGAAUCGCUUUGGCACACAAGGUAAUAAAAUACAGGAAAGAAAAGUUUGGUCCUGAAGAUGGAGAAACACUGAGAGCAGUCAGUGCUCUGUCAACCCUAUAUACAGGACAGGGUCUCCGGAAGGAAGCAGCAGAGUUGCAGUAUCAGGUGCUGCAAUCGAAUCUCAGAAUCUUCGGUCCCGAUAGCUUUGACGUCUGUUCUAGCUUAGGAACUCUUUGCAAUAUCCACUUGUUGCUGGGUAACGUGAGAAUUGCAGAAUGGUUGGGAACAGCCGCGCUCAAGUCCUUGUUAAAGCAGAAUGCGUUAGAGUGUCGAGAUGCUCGACUUAUAACUGCCAUGAUGAUUGAAGUCUACUUGAAGGAAGGUCGAUUAAAGAACGCUAUUCGACUUGCAGAGAAACUCCUUUCCGUGACCACUCGGGUUUGUGGAGCUGAGGAUCGGGAUACAUUUUUGGUACAGUUGAGCAUUUUGUGGAUCAAUGUUGAGCAGGGCCUCUUUAAAAAAGCUGCAGCCUUUGGCACGGACCAAUUGGCAAAAGUUGAGAUAUUGUUUGGGCAGGAGCAUCCAAUUACGAUUAGUUAUAUGCAGCUGCUUAUGCAAAUUUUUGGCCAUCAAGGUCGGAAUUUGGAAGCUGCCACACUGGCGAUCAAAUUGGCCCACAUGUUUGAACGCAUGUAUGGACCGGAGAAUAAGCUUGUCGAGGAGAGUUUUGAUCAUGCUAAUUUUUUCAAGAACUUGAAGUCAGUGCUAUCCAUAGAUAUCCCUUAA